CUCCCUGGCCACAGUGACGCCGAAGAAGAAACCCGGAAGCAGCAGCAGCAGCAGCAAAUCGCUCUUCUUCUCCUUUGAGCCGCUGCUUCCAGCGUGUUAUCCAGACGUCGACUCCCGUGUUUCUCAACGAGCAUCAAGAAGCUUAGCUCUGCUGGAAGGACUGUUAACCCUGGGGCCACCUUCCAGGCCGGGUUUCCCUGCUCCUGACUGCCAGUCGCACAGCUUCACUGCUGGAGUCACUGGAUCAGCAUAGCAGAGAGCAGCGCGAGCCUGUCACUUCACGUUGCACAACUUCAGCAGAGACAUACAUUGGAGAUUACAUAAACCAUAUAGAGCGUGUGUGGGUGGACUAUAGGAGGAAAGUAGACGCAGACUGUCUGCUGAAGCCGAGGUAUAACAUGGGGAACCUACUGAAAGUUCUGACUUGCACGGAUCUGGAACAGGAGCCCAAUUUCUUCCUUGAUUUUGAAAAUGCACAGCCCACAGAAGCUGAGCGAGACGUGUGGGAACAGGUAGAUGUGGUUCUGAAGGACGCUAAGGGGAUCCUGGAUGAACUGCAGUCCUAUAAAGGAGCAGGGCAGGAGAUCAGAGAGGCUAUCCAGAAUCCCAGCGAUGAGGCCUUGCAGGAGCAGGCGUGGGUGGCUGUGGUUCCUUUGGUGGGAAAACUGAAGAAGUUCUACGAAUUCUCCCAGAGAUUAGAAGCGGCGUUGCACAGCCUGCUGGGAGCUCUGACCAACGAGACGCACAGCGACCCAACUCAGCACCUGGAGCGGGAACAGGCGCUGGCCAAGCAGUUCGCCGAGAUCCUGCAUUUCACUCUGCGCUUUGACGAACUGAAGAUGACAAAUCCUGCCAUUCAGAAUGACUUCAGCUACUACAGGAGAACCCUGAGUCGAAUGCGGAUCAAUAACGUUCCGGCAGAAGGCGAGAACGAAGUCAACAACGAGCUGGCCAAUCGGAUAUCUCUGUUCUACGCUGACGCCACUCCCAUGCUGAAGACAUUAAGCGAUGGAACGACGAAGUUCGUGUCAGAGAACAAGACUCUGCCCAUUGAGAACACAACAGACUGCUUAAGCACGAUGGCCAGUGUGUGUAAAGUCAUGUUGGAAACACCGGAAUAUCGCAGCCGUUUUAACAGCGAGGAGACCGUGUCCUUCUGUCUCAGGGUGAUGGUUGGAGUCAUCAUCUUGUACGACUACGUCCAUCCUGUUGGAGCGUUUGCCAAGUCAUCUAAGAUUGAUAUGAAAGGCUGCAUCAAAGUCCUCAAAGAUCAGCCUCCAAACAGCGUAGAAGGCCUUCUUAAUGCUCUCAGGUACACAACCAAGCAUCUGAAUGACGAAUCAACCAACAAGACUAUCAAAAGCAUGCUGCAGUAGGACUGAGCUGCAACCACUGCUGGGGAGAAACACCACUCGCUGUCCUGACGGAUUUAGCUGCACAGAAUGUUUUUGAUUUAGUUUAGUUUUUUUGUUGUUUUUUUUUUUUUUUUGGAAAUAUGAGCUCAGCUCCACCCAUUUUUGUGAUGCGAAAUGCUACUGCCAUGCUACGACGUCUCUUUCUGUGCCAAACAGAUGGCGCCGAGAUGCGUUGUUUUCGACAUGAGGCCACGCAUAGACGGCCACUCAUGAACGCAUCGCAGACCCUCUGGUGUUUUUAAACAUUUCUUGUUUUUCCCUAUGUAAGGGAUGUGAGUGCUUUGACUUGAACAUUUCAGAGAGAUAUAUAGAGAAGUAUAUAUUAUUUUGUCUGAUUGGUUAUUUAAUUACAACUUCUGCAUGAAAAUGUCUUUCCUUCUAUUUAAAAAAAAAACAACCUAAUAGUUAAAUUUUGCUCUGUUGUGCAUUAUCAGUUAUGUUAUUGAAAUGGUACUUGUCAACAGGAGAUUUAAGAAUGCUGUUUUUAUAUUUUUAUAAGUUUUAAUUUGUGCAUAUGUCUUUUUGUUCCAUGCUGUGUUGUAUUAUCAGUUGCAAACUUUAAACUGUGAGGCGUGCAGAAUCAAAAUGAAAUCUGGAAUCUGUACUGUAAAUGUACAAUAUAAUGUGGUUGGAGACAUUAAAUGUAGAACUCUUGUUUUCUACAAAAAAAAAAAACGAUCCUCCCAUCGGUUUUUAUCUCCAGAUAGCUAAGAAAAUGUUUUAUUCUACUUUUUCUGCUGUUUUUUUAAUCCUGUGAAAAGUGUCAAGAUUCUCACAUUUGACCACAAAAUUGGCAAGGAGAAAACAUUUCAUAUCUGUUCCCUUGAACACGAGCCGUUGCUUUUCUCAGAAAUGAGACCAGCUUUCACUCAGGUUGUAUGUAAUUUACAUUAGGUAGCUUAGCAUAAGGCUGAAAAGGAUUUAUAAUGAGAAAUAUCUCAGUGCAAUGCUUUAAAAAAUAUGAUUUGCCGUCUUAGUUUCCUUCUGUUUUUUGGAUGCUUAAACAAGGCCUGAAUAAAAACAAAAUGCAGCUCUCAAAUAA